AAAGUGAAACUGAGCACUAAGUUCCGGGUUUGGAACAGGUGGGUUUAUUUUUCGGAGUUUUUUCGUCCAAAAAUUCGCAAGAACUGAGCUAAAUACGAUGGGGUCGAUUUUCAGAUGAUUUCUGCCCACUAUCGUCACUUAGUAACCUUCUAAUUUGGUCAUUUUCGCGUUGUUUUUGCACUUUUGAAAGCUUUGUGCCGCCCACACCUAGUCGGAAAGUCCCUUCUACUUUUAGCAAUGAUGUCAUAGAAAUUUCCCCUUCGUCAACGGGGAUUUCAUCACUUUUACUUCUUACAAAAUUCCCCGACUGAUUCUACCGUAAAUUAAGGAGGUUUAAAAUCAAAUGUAUUGAACCUCCUUGCGUAAAUAUAUGAACUUUUGCGUCGUCGGUGUUUGGUAGGAAAUUACACCAACAGUGGGUGAAGAAAAAUGGCGAGUAGCGAGACCACUGAAGAAGACACGGAACAAGACUUCACCUAUGACUCUGCAGUUUACUACGAAGAGGACGACCCCAAGACGGCACAAAUCUUAGACAUCCGCGCUCGCCUGGAGAGUGAUCGGUGGGAGCUAACUCUCUGUGACCCUUACAGAGACGGGGAUGGCACUCAGAUGGGCCGAUUCGAACAUUCCGCCAAAAACAGCCGCCACGCUCUCGUCUUUCUCUCCCCAAGUCUCCUGGAACGGAUCAAAAAGAAGCAAGCAAACAAUGCCCAGUUCAACGUGGAGACGUUUUUGUGUAACAUACUAAAGAGGCGCGAUAACACGAUGAAGAGAAAGGUGAUGCCGGUCAUGUUUGACGCGUCAGAGGGCGAUGUGACACCGCUCAUCCUGAGUGGGUACACACCAUUUCAUCCGGGGGAGGUAGGCUUCUGGAGAAAAAUCUACAGGACUCUGAGCAGGGAACCAGUUCCAGAUGCUUUCAUGCUGCAGGUAUCCAAGAAAGUGCAGCAGGUGAAACACCUGCAGCUGGAGGCUGUUCUAGACGUCGCUGCCAAGUUAGGUCUGCCUGAGGAGGUAGUGGACAGCAUCAAAGUGGAGUAUGCAGGCAGCCAGGCCAGGCUGAGACAGGUGUUCUACUGCUGGAAGGCCCACCUGGGUGCCGAGGCCACCCUGGAAGUGGUUGAUGAUGUCAUCAGGGAGGCCACCUCCAUGCCUGUACAGGAGGAGCAACAACAGCACAGUCUCGUUGGAUUGAGCUCAGCUGAAUAUUCAGCUCCUGCAUCUCAAAUGGUCACACAACCCAGCAGUGCAUGUCCUUCCAUGCAAGAUCCACCUCCAUCUUCCCUGCCACCAGAUGAAACACCGGACAUUCAAACAGGCUCACCCGGACAGAGGGGACCAGAUACGGAUAGUGGUGUUGUGGUUGGUGCAAAUGACACUGAGGAUGAAGAAUUGUCUGAAGGGCUUCAAACCCUGAACCUGAAUACCCAGCAGUCAUGUGACCCUGGCAUGGGAGCUUCAGGACAGUCUGAUGACGUGCCUGACUUCCACAGCCUUCCAGCUAUGACACAACAAGAACCAGAAGCCAGAAAAGAGCCAGAAAAGAAGAAGGGUGUUGCAGGGUUCUUUCGCAGCUUCAGCCUCAAAGGGACUUCUUCAACCAAAGAAAAACAGAAGAAUCCAAGUUUGGUGGGUCGGUUGAGAAGAAGUCUGAGCAGGAAAAAACGUCCAGUUGCAGAAAUGGAAUGAGGAAUUAGGAACCAUGAGUUUGAGUGUUUUUAAGUACUUGGACAAUCUUCUUGCGUAAAAAUAGGUCAAAAGAUGGCCUAUUCAAAUAUCUGAUGUGAUGUUCAAAUGGCUAUAACUGUUUAAAGUCUUAAUCCUUAGACUAAGGUAAAGUAUACUGGAGCAAGAUGUAAUGUAAUGACAUUGUAUCAAAUUGAAAAGAAUUAAGAGUUGAGAAAAAAGCUGCCAUAGGCAUGCAAAAUAAAAGUGGAUAUAACAGUGUAGGUUUGAGAAACCAAUGAAAUGUGUAAACUUGAAGGAAGAAACAAAAC